AUGGAAAGAAGUGAACCUACCUUAGUACCGGAAUGGUUGAAAAACGCUGGAAGCUCAGCAGCUGGUGGCUCUAUAUCACAUACAGAUGAUCACCCUGCACCAAGGGUUUCGAGGAACAAGUCUUUUGUGAAUAAUAAUGGUCAUGAUUUUGGACGAUUGUUGAGUUCCGAGAGAACUUCAUCUUCGUACUUCCGUCGGAGUUCGAGCAGUAACAGUUCUGGUAAUUUUAGGUCUUACAGUAAUUUUGGUAAAAAGCAGCGUGACAGGGACUGGGAGAAGGAUACAUAUGAUUAUCUCGAACAAGACAAGUCAGCCAAGGGGGACCGCAGGUACCAUGAAUUUUCAGACCCUCUUAGGAACACCUCAGUAGGUAAAUUUGAGAGGGAUGAGAUAAGGCGAUCGCGUUCGAUGGUCUCUGGUAAACGUGUGGACACAUGGCCUAAACGAGUAGUGUCCGACUCAAAUGAUGCCAUUGGAAAGAAUGCGAAUGGUGUGGCAGCCAGGCCCAGUCCCAUUGGAGGGGUGAACAAAGCAGCUUUCGAUAAGGAUUUCCCGAGUUUGGGGGCAGAGGAGAGGGCAGUGACUCCUGAUGUGGGGAGGGUUCCGUCUCCUGGUUUGAAUAAUGCCAUUCAGAGCUUACCUGGUGCCUCGGCUUUGAUAGGUGGUGAGAAAUGGACAUCGGCUUUGGCGGAGGUUCCCAUGUUAGUUGGAGGCAAUGGAGCCAAUUUAUUGCCUGUGCAACAACUUGCCCCGCCGAGUUUUGCCUCUGGGGCUUCAAGCUCGACCACCAGUCUCAACAUGGCCGAAGCUGUGGCUCAGGGUUCUAGUCGUGUUCAGGCCACCCCUCAGUUAUCUGUUGGAACUCAGAGACUUGAAGAGUUGGUGAUCAAACAAUCCAGGCAAUUAAUUCCUGUGACGCCAUCCAUGCCAAAACCUUUGGCAUUGAAUUCUUCGGAUAAGCAGAAAAGUAAAGUGGGCCCGCCACAGCACCAUCCCAUAUCAUCUUCGCCUCGUGGUGGGCUAACAAAGGGCGACAUUCCAAAAGCAUCACCCACAGUGGGGAAGCUCCACGUUCUCAAGCCUGCAAAAGAUAAGAACGGUCUCACUCCCGUCAUGAAGGACAACCUGAGCCCAACAAGCGAGGAGGAAGAGGCUGCUUUUUUACGCUCUUUGGGAUGGGAGGAGAAUGACGAAGAGGGUGGACUUACUGAUGAGGAAAUAAGUUCUUUCUACAAGGAUUUAACUAAGUACGCCAAUUCAAAACCGUCCCUCAAAAUACUUCAAGGCGUGAAGCUAAAAUUUAUGUUGCCGCUGGAUUCACAAAUUAAGGUUACCAACGAAAUUCCUGAUGCUAAGCUCGAAUCUUGA